CUUGCCAGUCAAGAGUUCAGUUCAAGUUUGCCAUCUGAUCGAGGAACGUGUUCCCUAAAGUUGGUCCAGUCUUUGCCAUUGAAUGGAACGGAACUCGCGCUUCGCAGAGUGUCAUUCUAGCCUCGAGUUUGUUCAGCGAUUCGCCACGUGAAGCAUAACUCAGCUUGGGCAUCGGUGGAAAAAUGCCCCCAGUACUAAUUGUUGGCAAUGAGAUCCAUCGGGGUCUGUCUCAUCCAGGUCUAACAACGCUCCCAAUGAUUCCCCAAGAGAGCCCGAAAGAGAAUCUGAGGAUACCCACUCCACGAUUGGAAAAUGGCCGAGUGACCCAACGCUUUGUGGACGACCUUAUAGAUUUCUUCAAACAAGAGCAAAGGCUCCCAAGUCCUACGGCCUUCAAGAUUCUGUCAGAUGUCACCUCUCUGCUCAGGGAGGAGCCUUCUCUAGUGGAGGUACAGCUGGGCAGGGACGAUCUGAUCAACAUAUGUGGUGACAUCCAUGGACAGUUCUUCGACCUUGCCCGGAUAUUUGACCUCCGGGGAACGCCGUCCGUUCAGAAUCAGUAUCUCUUCAAUGGAGACUUUGUUGAUCGUGGACCAUGGGGCGUCGAGGUGACCCUGGUUCUCCUCAGUUACAAGCUCUUGUACCCGAAUGCUUUCUACGUCAAUCGUGGUAACCACGAAUGCGAGGAAGUCAACAGGGCGUACGGGUUUCAGAAUGAAGUCUUGGACAAGUAUGAGCCCAAGAUGUUCCGGGCUUUUCAAGACGCUUUUAGCUGGCUCCCAGUCGCACAUUGCAUCAAUACCGCAGUUCUGGUGAUGCAUGGAGGCCUCUUUUCAAACGACGAUGUCACUCUAGAUGACAUUAGAGCUAUUGAACGUGGAUGCCAACCAGAGCGCGAUUCCCUUAUGUGCGAUCUCUUGUGGUCUGAUCCUCAGCGUGAAAAUGGGCGGGAACCCAAUUCCAGAGGAUUCUCAUGCGUCUUUGGGCCCGAUAUCACGCAGCGCUUCCUGACCAAGAACAAUCUUCUUUACAUUGUCAGGAGUCAUGAAUGCGUUCAAUAUGGAUAUGACCUUUGCCAUGACGAUACUGUUGUCACCGUGUUCUCAGCGCCCAAUUAUUGUGAUCGUCACGGGAACAAAGGUGCGAUAUGCAUCCUUCACGGCGAUGAUGUCUCGAUGCCGGAGUUCAAGAAGUUCACCGCCGCUCCUCACCCCAAGAUCACCAAUCUGUAUUAUUCGAAUUUCUUAGUGCGAAUGGGCCUGCUUUGAGGGGGGCUAUCGAAUUUUAAAUAUAAACAAAUGGUAUUUUA